AGAGAGAGAGAGAGAGAGAGGCUACAACUCUAGUGUGGUAACAGACCGACCUCGCAUCCAUACCCGGAGUACCGGAGUGCUAUAACUUUUCGUCUCCAUCGAAACAAGAAAACAAGAGAGUAUCCAGAGGAAGGGAUUGUUGAACUGUAUUGGCCAGCCCCAUCUGUGAAAGUGACCCUCAGCUUACAUCAACCCUCAUUUACAGCUGGGCUGCUACUGUCAGACCGGGUUGGAGGACAAUCAACUGCAACUGCUGCUGCCGCUGCUGGUGUGUUUUGUGUGGUGUGGACUUUCUCACGUUGCGGUGGACACACACACACACACACACACACACACACACAGGAGCUUGCAUGCCCUGGUACUCCCCCUCCCCACCUCUCUCUCUCUCUCUCUGUCUCUCUGGCACAUACAUACAUACACACACUCGUUGGGAGAAGCAGUGUGUGAGUGGCGGACCCUGUCGUGUGGAGUGUACUGAAGAGGGGAGAAGAGAGGAGCGGAGCCGCAGACUCUACCAUGCCAGUGCAGGGAGAAAGGCUGAAGCGCUGUCUCUCUCUCUGUCUCUGGAGCCGGAGUCCUCUGCUGUUGCUUGGACUGUUCUCUCUUCACGCGCAAGCACACGGCAAUAUAUUGGACAGUAUGCUGCUGAGAGCAUCCAAUAAGGAGGCAGUGGAGAGUGGGAAGGAAGCAAGUGGCAGCACAGCUCCUGCGUCAUCCUCUCAAAGACUACUUUGGUGUCACUGUUACCAUCACUGCCCAGAAGAUUCCACCAAUAAUACAUGCAGGACGGAUGGCUACUGUUUUUCCAUGGUGGAGGAGGAGGGAGGGGUACCGGUCCAGACUGCAGGUUGCCUGGGGUUGGUCGGAUCAGAGUUCCAGUGCAGGGACACAGGGAACUCACGUCAGAGGAGAUCGCUAGAGUGCUGUACGGACCAAGAUUACUGUAACAAAAACCUGCAUCCUACACUGCCACCACUCAAACCGCCUCUCUACGUAGAUGGAAAGAUCCACCACAUGGCCUUGUUGAUCUCAGUCAUUGUGUGCAGCAUUAUACUGGCUGCUAUUAUUGUCUUCUGCUACUUCAGGUAUAAGCGCCAGGAGUCUCGUCCUCGGUACAGUAUUGGUCUGGAGCAGGAUGAGACCUACAUCCCUCCUGGAGAAUCUCUGAAGGACCUGAUAGAGCAGUCACAAAGCUCUGGCUCAGGCUCAGGGCUCCCUCUAUUGGUGCAGAGAACAAUAGCCAAGCAGAUCCAGAUGGUGAAGCAGAUAGGCAAGGGGAGGUAUGGAGAUGUUUGGAUGGGUAGAUGGAGGGGAGAAAAGGUGGCUGUUAAAGUGUUCUUCACCACGGAGGAGGCCAGUUGGUUCAGAGAGACUGAGAUCUACCAGACCGUCUUAAUGAGACAUGAGAACAUACUGGGUUUUAUAGCUGCUGAUAUUAAAGGAACCGGCUCCUGGACCCAACUCUACCUAAUCACCGACUACCAUGAAAAUAGCUCUUUGUACGACUACCUCAAAUCAACCACUCUAGACAACAAAGCCAUGCUGCGGCUUGCCUACACCUCUGUGUCAGGCCUUUGUCACCUCCAUACUGAGAUCUUUGGCACCCAGGGCAAACCUGCCAUUGCUCACAGGGAUCUGAAGAGUAAGAACAUACUGGUGAAAAGAAAUGGGACCUGCUGUAUAGCAGACCUAGGACUUGCAGUCAAGUUUAUCAGUGACACCAAUGAGGUGGACAUCCCUCCCAACACUAGAGUCGGUACAAAGCGCUACAUGCCUCCAGAGGUUCUGGACGAGACUCUGAACAAAAGUCAUUUUCAGUCGUACAUUAUGGCCGACAUGUACAGCUUUGGGCUCAUACUCUGGGAGAUCGCUCGGCGUUGUGUCUCCGGAGGGAUCCUUGAAGAGUACCAGCUGCCUUACCAUGAGUUAGUUCCUACAGACCCUUCUUAUGAAGACAUGAGAGAAGUGGUCUGCAUCAAGAGACUACGACCAUCCUUUCCUAAUCGAUGGAGCAGUGAUGAGUGUUUGAGACAGAUGAAGAAGCUGAUGGGAGAAUGCUGGGCCCACAGCCCAGCCUGCCGCCUCACAGCCCUACGGGUCAAAAAGACACUUGCCAAGAUGUCAGAAUCACAGGAUAUCAAGCUGUGAGCGGGCGAUGCCAGGUGUGUGUUUACACACACAGAAAGGGCAUUAACAAUCACACUGGCUCUGCUCCGGGCUGCACAAUCCUUUUUCCUGGGAAAAGGAGGCGGGACAGGAAGCAAGAUCAUCAGUUGGAGAUCACAAAUGAUCCAGAUGCCCAGAACUCUGCAAUCCAAGUCCCCCCUAAAAAAUGUAUUACACGACUUCCGUGGUUAGCUAAAACUUUAUAACAAUCAGGCCCUGUGUGGCCUUGUUCUGUCCGUCAGAGAAGAUGAGACAUUUUCAUUUCAGACUAGUGUAAGGACUCUAAAAUCCUGUUCCUGUUCACAUGCUCCAAAGGUCCUUGGAGAGAGUUUGACUUGGCACUGUAGCUGCAGAGAUACACAAAACAAGCUACUGACCAGUGAGUGGAUACUAUAUCACUGCUUUCCGUGAAAGCUACCCUACCUGUAGAUGAAGGUCCGAUUGAUAGAACUGAAGGGAUGUACUUUAAGGCAGUCUGUUAUUACAGGAUGACACCUCCUUUCUAAACACUGUCACCCCCACUACUGCCUUUAGGUUGUAAUUGGAUUGAACACAUUUUUUUGUCACUCUUAAAUUGACUUACAAUGACUGACACUAUGUGACAGAAAAAAAGCUUAUUUUGAGGCUUUGAUGUUUUGUUAACGCUGGUAACGUUUGUAGACACUGAAGAAAAGAUAAACCUGUAUUUCUGAGUUGUGAUGGGAUAUGAAAGUUCAAACUCUUUAAGACUAUAUGUGAAAAAUAAAGUUCAUAUGUCCAAAUAAAUUCUGGAUUGAGGCUCUACAUGCCUCUGUGUUUCCUUGCCCUUAAGUAAAUAAAACCUGCGUGAGGAUUGCAUUGCAGUAAUGGGAGCGAUUGAAGCAGAACGGUGCCACCCGUAGGUGCUCCACAGCAUAACAGGAAAGGAAGCCUGCCGAGGCAAUCGAGAAUUGUUACCUGUAGUGGUGACUUCUUACUUGAUGACGUAAUCUCUUAUCUUAUCUUAUAAAUGUUUGGAAUUGUGCCUGUUUUAGAUUAGGGGUACCUUGUCUUGGUGGACUGCUAUCAAUCACUCCCAGGACUGCAGAGGGACUAUGCGAUGUAUAUGUGUUUUUUAGGGAGCUGGACCUGAAGCUUUUACUUAAGAUAUAACAGUCAAACACACAGUUGAAAAAAACGUCCUAGAAAAACACCCCCAGCCAUCCCUAAACUAUCACACCACCAGAAUUACCCUGUGGACAUCACAAGGUCAAUUUUCCCUGACCACCAGGCUGCCUCAUACAUGUAAAUUAAAGUACACAUUGAACUGUCUCACCAUAAUAAACCAUUUGCAGCUGUCACACUGAAAUCAAAUGGCAGCUAAGUCAUUAAAAAACCCAUCAUCUGGCUUCUGUUAGGCAAGUUUCUCCACUAAUUCAAAUUCUCAUAUAGUAGCAGGAGUAUUAGGAAGCUUAAACAGCCUCACUGCCUCAGUGUGAAGUUCUCAAAGUAAAUCUGGACACCUUUCAUCAUCACCGUUGGCAAACUGUUAGGUCCUCGACAGUGGUUUGCCAUCACAUCAGUACCAGUUGAGAUUCCCCUCAAAUAGCACUAAUGCAUUCAUUUUUAACUGUUUUUUUUUUUUGUCUUUUUAUAAAGGCAUUGCUAAACUUUCUUUCAGGUCAACAACUUUAUUCUUUUUUUUUUUUUGGGUCUCUGCUGACUAAAAUAAUGGGAUGCUCUGUCACUGUUGAAGGUGUGGCAGAUUUGUUGUGUUUUUAAUGCCCUUAUCUUUCUUCUUGGGUGUUGUGCCUUAUUUAACCUGUACCUACUGUAGUUGUCUGUGAGAGAAAGUGGUGUUUUUAUUCAGUAAAAAGGUUGAACAUUCCCCCAAUAAAGUGUUUCACUCA